AUGCAGCCAGAAUGGGGAGCCCCCAGGCUGAGCCCCGUGCUGGGAGCUGCUGCGGCUGCUGGUUUUCCUGUCGUCUGUGCUAGCUCUUUGAGAUUUGGGGGUGACCACAGGCAGCAGGACGCCACCGCUGGUCCCAAGCCGGGGGGAGUGCAUGAACCACGGUCUCCCCGCUGUCCAUCCACCAGGCUUCGGGGUGAUGUCACUGCCCUGCACCCGAGGUGGGCUGGGACCACGACGGGGCUCGGGGAAGGGGGGUCCGCGGAGGCCCAUCGGAGAGGUCAGCGCUGCCGCUGCCCGCAAGGCGUAGAGCCCCGCAGGGAUGGACUGGGCAGCCGAGGCCGGGCCCCUGCUGCCGCCGCUGGGCUCUCCUCCGCCGGCGCCGUCUGCAUCCUGCUGAAGUGGGCGCUGCGCGCGGGGCUGCUGAGCUUCCCCCGGGCCUUGGGCAGGGCGGGCAGAGCUGCCCCGGCCUUCCUGGUGGAGCUGGGCUUGCUGGUCUUCCUGGUGAGCAGGCUGGCGGUGCUGGGCUAUGCGGCAUCCCUCAGCACCCAGCCCACCUACCAGGGGGUGGUCUGGGUGGUGUGGGGGAAGCUUUGCAAGGUCUGCUUCCUCCUCAACCUCUUCAUGAUCUCCAUGGCCCACCUCAGGGUUGUGGGUGACCAGCUGGAGAAAUUGUGUGACUUCCUGUACCCCAUCAGGAUGCUGAGCAGGACCCCCCUGCCACUCCCCUGGUACGCAGACCAGCACUUCACCCUCUCAACUCUCCAUGUCUUCGUCAUCUUCCCGUUCUCCAUCCCCAGCAAGGUCGGCUUCCAGAAGUACUCCAGCAUCCUGGGCAUGCUGGCUGCCUGUUACCUCACCCUGGUCAUCUUCCUGAAAUACCAUCUGCAGGCGGAGAGCCUGGGCUUGCCCAAGCCCCCCCAGCCCUCCAGGGCCUCCUCCUGGGCCUCCAUUUUCAGUGUCAUCCGCACCAUCAGCUUCAGUUUUCAGUGCCACAAGGCCUGCAUAGAAAUCUACAGCAGCAUGCGCAACCAUAGCUUCUCCCACUGGCUCACAGUCUCUGUUCUCUCCAUGCUCAUCUGCCUGCUCAUCUACUCCCUCACGUGGCUCUAUGGCUACCUGACCUUCGGCAAGGCCAUGGCACCCAACAUCCUGAUGUCCUCCCCAGGGAACAACCUGGUUAUCAUUGUCACCCACCUGCUCUUCGGUGUCUCCAUCACCAUCUACCCCAUCGUGGUGCUGCUGGGCAGGUCGGUGGUGCAGGAUGUAUGGGUGUCCCCCAAGCGCAGAGCCAUGGUAGUGCCUGAGGUGCAAGAGCAGCAGAGCCAGGUGAAACUGAUGGUCACCUGGAUGGCUGCCACGCUUGCCAUCGCCCUCUUCAUCCCAAACAUUGGCAAGGUCAUUGAGCUCAUUGGGGGCAUCAGCGCCAUCUUCAUCUUCCCAGGGCUGUGCCUGGUGUGCAUGACUGGGGCCUGCACCCUCGGGCCAUGCAAAAUGGCAGCUCUCAUUACUUGGGGUGUCCUCUCUGUGCUCUGUGGUGCCUUCAUCUGCGGGCAGAGCGCUGCCCUGGCCGUGCUGGGGCUGCUGCACUGAGGGGCCACCCUCAU